AUGUCGCCUUUUCCGCUUCCAAUUCUGUAUUAUAUUUCCUCAAAAGCUCACAUCUUUCUUUGGGAGCCAGAUCUUCCAUAUCGGUCAAGAGUGAGGCCAUUACAUCCGAAUCCAGAGAAACUGGCUCUUCAUAAUCCGUCUGGGUCUCUUGAGUUUUCCUUUCGCAAGGUCGAUUGGGGGGCAAAGGUGGAUGAAAGCCGGGCUUCUUAUCAUGUAUGGCUGGAAGAGAUCCACCAACCCCGCUUUGAGAUCCCGGAGGAUAAGGUGGCUGUUCAGAACUCGUGUAAAGUGAGUGAGAUUGGGAUUGGACAUCUGAAGAGCCAACGGGUUGAGGAUUGGACGAACUUAGUGAAGGGAUUACACUAUGAUUACUAA